UUUUUCCUCGCCCAAUCAUCGACACUUGCAGCUUUGCAGAAAACCCCCACCUCUUCUAUCUAUUUCUCUCACUCUCUCUCCCGCCGUCGGCCACCAUCAUCUCCUCCCUCUCUCUCCCUCCCUCUCUCUCUCUGAACCUAGGGUUAGGGUUUCGUAGACUUCGAAGAAUCGACGGAUGGAGAUUCUCUCGAGAUCCAGUGAAGAAGACGAGGACGAGUACUUGAGGCGCGAGGGUUCCUCUCAAAGAGGGGAUUUUACGGUGAGAUUUGAUGGGAAGAAUGCGGAGCAGAAGCAGCAGCUGCUGACGCCGAGAUCGAAGCACUCUGCAACGGAGCAGCGGCGGAGGAGCAAAAUUAAUGACAGAUUUCAGAUACUCAGAGACCUCAUACCACAUAGCGACCAAAAAAGGGAUAAAGCUUCUUUCCUUCUGGAGGUUAUUGAAUAUAUCAGGUUCUUACAAGAGAAAGUGCAAAAAUAUGAAUCAUAUCCGGAUAUGCCAUGGGUAAAGACCUUUUUUAGGUCCUUAUGGAAAAAUGCACGGAACAAUACACAAGGCGCUGGAGAUGGUCAUGCAUCAGGAUACAUGUAUUCUGGAAAUGACAAUAACAUCUCUGUUGCCCCAGGAAUGCUUUCAAAUAUGCAGAAUCCUGUAGAGCCUGAAGUUUCUUUGCAAAGGCUCCUCUCGGAUUCUAAUAACGCUGCAUCCCAGUCCCAAUGGCUAAGACCAACAUGUCCAGCUGAUGAUACAGUGAACAACGAGAUGUUGAAUGGACAAGAAGAGCUGAUGAUUGAUGAGGGGACAAUUAGUGUGUCGCACAGCUACUCCCAGGGGCUCUUGGCUACACUGACUCAAUCAUUAGAGAGCUCGGGUUUAGAUCUGUCCCAAGCUAGUAUCUCUGUGCAGAUUAGUCUCGGUAAAAGAGCAAAAAGACCUGCAGCCACUAGCACUUCUAGUGCUAAGGACCUUGACGACCCUUCAUCUGGUAAUCGAGCCAUGGCGCGCUCAAUGAUAGGGAGCAGCGGUGAGGAUUAUGAACAAGCUUCAAAGAGGCAUAAAAUGCAUAACAAUAGCUAACACAUAAAUUACUCCCGUUCCUCAUGGUUAUGGCACCCCCUGUCAUCAUCCUUCUGAUCUGGGGUUUGGGUUUUCAGAGCUGGAGGGUUAUUGAUAUUGAUCUUGCUCGCAAAGGAAGCUGAACAUUUUACGCGUCCAUCCGUGAGAGAGAGAGAGAGAAGAAAACUCGAUUAUUUGCCAUGUACUAUGCGUUCUUACAAACCAAUGUGAUUUGUAUGGGGUAAUUCGGGUGCCCUCUCACCAUUACUCUUCUAUUCA